AUGGCGAAUUUUUACGAUGAAAACUUAAAUGAAGGCAAUGAAUUCUUUAUGGGGAUAUCACCGUUUUUCACCAAACGGGUGUUCUAUUCUCUAAAUGAGUUGAUGGGAUGGGUCCAAAACAAAGCAUUUUCGCUUGGUUAUGUCAUCGUGAGAAGAAGAUCAAAGACAAGUGAAAACGGUGUGGUGUCUUAUGUCACACUUAUUUGUGAUCGUGGUGGUGAAUACAAAAUUAAAGCAACAAGACAUGCUUAUGCUAGACGGUUGAAAGAAAACGAAAAAAAGUUGGUGGCCGACUUGACAAGUCAGAAUGUUGAACCACGCAACAUACUCUCGAUACUAAAAGAGCAUGAUGAGAAUAAUGUUUCUAUACUCAAAACCAUAUACAAUGCACAAUACAAGCUUCGCUCGUCCCAGAACGAUGGAAAAACUUCGAUGCAGGUUCUUAUGGGAAUUUUGAAUGAUAAAAAAUUUGUUAUCGAGUUUUCCGUAAAUAAUAUUUCAAAUGAAUUGGAAAACCUGUUUUUCAUUCAUCCUCUAUCGUUAGAUAUAUGGCAAGCAUUUCCACACGUUUUGAUUAUUGAUGCAACAUACAAAACAAACAAAUAUGCUAUGCCUUUUGUUGAGAUUGUUGGAGUAACUUCAACCAACAAGACAUUUAGCAUUGCUUUUGCCUUUAUCAUUAACGAAAAGGAGGAAAGCUAUAAGUGGGUGUUAACGUGUCUGAGGUUGACACUAGAAAAGUGCAUGCAACCACGCGUUAUAGUGACGGACAGAGAAUUGGCAUUGAUGAAUGCAUGCCAACAAGUUUUCCCUUAUGCAACUCGCUUACUUUGUCGAUGGCACAUUACCGAAAAUAUUAGAAAGCAUUGUAAGGCGCUAAUCCCAUUGAAAGCUGAGUGGAAAUCCUUUCAUGCUAUGUGGAGUAUACUUGUUGAGUCUCCAACAUGGACAUCAUACACUGAAAACUACAGAAAACUGCAGUCAAUGUUAAGAGAACAUCAAGGUACAAUGCUACUUAUUUUUUAA